AUGGGCGGAGCUAUCGGAUGCGGACAACUCACCGCCGUCCAAAAUGGAUUCUUUACUUUCGAGUCUUGUGGCACCCCAUCUAAAGAGAUUGCUGAAAGAAGCAAUACAAGUUGCAUUCAAGAUGAAACAUAUCCAUUGUCGAGCAUCGUUAGAUACAGAUGCGAGAGAUAUUAUGAAUUGCAGGGACCGGAAUUCAGAAGAUGUGAGGAUGAUGGAGAAUGGACCAGACCCACCCCGUUUUGUAAGCCAGUAUGCGGGAAAAAAGAAAGUCAAAUUCAGCUAUCAGCUGGAGGAAAUGCGUCUGAAAUCGGAGAAUGGCCAUGGCAAGCGGCCAUUUAUGACAUCAAGAAGGGAGAUGUUGUUUGUGGAGGGGCUCUCAUUAGGGAAGAAUGGGUGCUAACAGCUGCCCAUUGUGUCGUUGUAGAGGGUUCCCUCAGAACUCGAAAAUCUGAAGAAAUUCUUGUCCACCUUGGGAAGUAUUACCGAUCUUUUAUCAAGAAAGAUGAACACGUGUCUAAAAUAAUCUUGCACAGGGACUUCAACGUGCAUAAUAACUACGACUCGGAUAUAGCCUUAUUGAAACUAGGAAGACCUGCUGUUCUAACGGCUCGAGUUCAGUUGGUAUGUCUCCCGAAUCGAUUUGAUUUCUCUGAGGCGAACCUCGACAGUGGAGUGCCAGGAUGGGUGGCCGGUUGGGGUUAUGAUGGUUCUGAUGAACUCGCAGCUGUCCUGACGGAGGUUCAACUUCCAGUGGUAUCCAAUCGCAAAUGUGUUUUGGACACCCGCAAUUUCACGGGGGACCCCGACAUCACUCGUACCCUUACCUCAAAUAUGUUUUGCGCUGGUUUUGCUGGGGAUACUCCUAUUGAAGGUAUGGUCUCGUAAUCAGAGGUUGCGUCAAAUUCGCGUGAUUACAUUUUGAGCUUCUCAAUUCAGCUCUU